AUGGCAACUUGGGCAUACCCCCCACUGCCCCCCGAUCAAGUGAAUCGGGAGGCCGAUAAGGCGCUGGCCUGUGAGCUCGAGUGGCUCCUCCAAUCACUUCAGGAAUCCCUUGUUUCCCUCAAAGAAGGCCUUCAAGAGUGCGCGGCUCUAAUCGCACCACAAGAACCGGGUUCUACUCUGGUUCUCUCGUCAUUGCGAUCAGAAAAUGUCAAAGGUUUCGUGACGCGCCUCGGCACGCAGGUGGUCAAAGGGGAUAUUCAGCUUCGUCUUCCCUCGCUACCUCCUCCACGCGGCAGCCCCAGUACCCGAUUGACUCUGUCGCAAUCCCCCGAAGCUCCUAGCUUAGUUCUGCAGCAGCUCGUGUCGGUGCGAAACCUGGUCAACCAGAGUCUGGACAUUGUGGAUGUGAGCACAUAUACGGGCAAUCCUCUUGAUGCGACAUUUAUCUUCAGCCAGCUGCAUCUCUUGCAUGAGACCAUCAGCGAGGCACGACAGAUGCUGAAGGGGGAGGGGGACGUGCGAGGCAACUGGUGGGACGCCAGUGCUAGCGAUAAUAUGUUUGAUCCUCCGCCUCCGCCCUAUGUCUCAUUUCACCUUUCCAUUGCCGACUCCGCGCUUGUUCUUCUUCUGCGCACCUUGGAGAGCACUACUAUUACGCAAACUCCGUCUGCUUUCGCCACAGAUAUCUCUUUGACAGGAUUCUCCCUGCGGGACCGAAUAUUUGGGAGCCAUAAACGUGCACAUGAUGAGGCUGGUGAUGUAUUCAUGUGGCACGGAGAAGAAGUGCGUGUCAAAGAAAAGGUUCGGGUGGAAAGCCAGGAUCCCAGUCUGAUGGCUGUCAUGGCAAAAUUGACAGCUUUGGAGCAUGAAGUUAUGCGCUGGGUGACCGCAUUGCGAGUACUUAUGGGCAAUGAAGAUACAGAGAGCGACACAUAG